AAUACUUCUAUGAAUUCCUCUCUUUGCGUUCCCUGGAUAAAGGCAUCAUGGCAGAUCCGACUGUUAAUGUCCCUCUGCUGGGAACAGUGCCUCACAAGGCAUCAGUUGUUCAAGUUGGUUUCCCAUGUCUUGGAAAACAAGAUGGGGUGGCAGCAUUUGAAGUGAAUGUGAUUGUGAUGAAUUCUGAAGGCAACACCAUCCUCCAGACCCCUCAAAAUGCUAUCUUCUUUAAAACAUGUCAGCAAGCUGAGUGCCCAGGAGGGUGCCGAAACGGAGGCUUUUGUAAUGAAAGAAGAGUCUGCGAGUGUCCUGAUGGAUUCUACGGGCCUCACUGUGAGAAGGCCCUUUGCACACCACGAUGCAUGAAUGGCGGACUUUGUGUUACUCCUGGUUUCUGCAUCUGCCCACCUGGAUUCUAUGGAGUCAAUUGUGAUAAAGCAAACUGCUCAACCACCUGCUUUAAUGGAGGGACCUGUUUCUACCCUGGAAAAUGCAUUUGUCCCCCAGGUCUAGAAGGGGAGCAGUGUGAAAGAAGCAAAUGCCCACAACCCUGUCGAAAUGGAGGUAAAUGCAUUGGUAAAAGCAAAUGUAAGUGCUCCAAAGGUUACCAAGGAGACCUCUGUUCUAAGCCUGUCUGCGAGCCUGGCUGCGGGGCACACGGGACCUGCCAGGAACCCAACAAAUGCCAAUGUCAAGAAGGUUGGCAUGGAAGACACUGCAAUAAAAGGUACAGAGCCAGCCUCAUGCAUGCCCUGAGGCCAGCAGGCGCCAGUCUCCGGCAGCACACGCCUUCACUUAAAAAGGCCGGGGAGCAGCAGGAACCACCUGAAUCCAAUUACAUCUGGUGAACUCCGACAUCUGAAACGUUUUAAGUUACACCAAGUUCAUAGCCUUUGUUAACCUUUCAUGUGUUGAAUGUUCAAAUAAUGUUCAUUACACUUAAGAAUACUGGCCUGAAUUUUAUUAGCUUCAUUAUAAAUCACUGAGCUGAUAUUUACUCUUCCUUUUAAGUUUCCUAAGUGUGUCUGUAGCAUGAUGGUAUAGAUUUUCUUCUUUCAGUCCUUUGGGACAGAUUUUAUAUUAUGUCUGUUGAUCAGGUUAAAAUUUUGUCUUCUCCGUGUAUAGUUGGCAGAUAUUUGCAAAAUUACAAUGCAUUCAUGGAGUUGAGGGRCUGGGUCACAUUAGAGAGGUUAAAUUGGGCAAAAAUACAUAAAUCACAAGGAUUUAGAUGAAGCAGUUAAUCAUGUUGAAGUUACAGCAUUUCAAAUUUUAUUGUCAUAUAUUUAGACAUUUGUCACAUUUUUAAUUGCCCUUAUUUGUAUGCUCUUAUACAAUAUAUUUCGACCUUACCAUUACUCCAGAGAGUUCAGUAUUGAAAAAAGAAAAACCAAAAAUUGACACUGUGGUAGUGGCAUUUAAACAAUAUAAUAUAUUGUAAACACAAUGAGAUAGGGAAUAUAAUGUAUGAAGUCUUUGCAUUGGCUUGAAGCAAUAUAAUAUAUAUUGUAAACAAAACACUGCUCUUACAUAAUAAACAUUUUAUACAGUUUGUAUGUAUAAAAUAAAGGUGCUGCUUUAGUUUUCUGA